AUGGAGCUCGAGCACAACGGGUUCCUAGAUCUCACGCUCUCCGUCACCGACCUGGAACUGCACCUCGGCGUCCAGCCUGCCAAGCAAAGCCCUACUCGCAUCUACUCCUGCAACUACUGCCAUCGGAAGUUCGUAAGCUCGCAGGCGCUAGGCGGGCACCAGAAUGCGCACAAGCGCGAGCGCAGCUUAGCAAAGAGGAUUCGCGAGCUGCGGGGGAGGGGCGCCGGCCACGCUGCUGCGAACGGCGGGUGCAGCCGGAGGCGCACUUUCUUUUUCACGGGACGCGGCAUGGAGGUCUUCAAUGACGCGGCGAUGUUCGACGGGAGAGAAAGCGUCGGCCUUUCUCCGGGUGGAGCGCGGCCGGUGAGGGCGUGGACGGGGAGCUGUGGCGUCUCGGAAGAUAAAGAGGAGUUCGACCUGCGUCUCAGGUUCUGA